AUGGAGAAUAGUGCUGACAGCCAAGAUAAGAAGUUAAAGAAAAUAUAAAGACAGUUGCUUUUGUUGCUAAAAACACAGGAGAAGAAGAACGCCCUUCUUAAAAUGGAGCUUAUGAUGCCCACCUUAUCGUUUCUUUCCUUUCAUAAAACAAUUAGGGUGUCCAAGCCUGAAGUUCCUACUAUACAGGAUCCCACUACUUGGUCUUCAAUUGGUGUAAAAUUACAAAAACAUAAGAGAAAUGCAUCCACAAUAUCCUCUGCUCUACCAGAAACAACAGCUUCUCUGGCAAUUGCUGCUGCAGUUGUUGGUACAGCAGCUACAGUUCUUGUUAGAAGAACCAAAGCUACUGAGACAAAUGAGAUUCAGUUGAAAACAUGUGAAGAUUGUGAAGGUUCUGGUUUAUGCUCUGAAUGUAAAGGCGAAGGAUUUGUGCUCAAGAAACUGUCUGAAGAAAGUGCUGAGAGAGCAAGGUUGAAUGCAAAGAAUAUGGCCACGCGAUAUACAGCAGCGCUUCCUAAGAAGUGGAGUUACUGCACGAAGUGCUCAUCGGCACGGUCCUGUCUCACGUGUGGUGGCCGUGGAAAGCUGAGCUACUAGUUUUGAUGUAAUCAUUCCUUUGCCUCUAGUUGAGAUUGGUAUUCUAGGCUGCUUCAUUGCUAAAUCAUGAGGAAAUGCACGAGGUUGCAGUCAGAGGUGAGCUUUCCUUCUGUAGUUCACUGUAUAUAGAUUUUGUAAAUGAUACAAUUCCAUUGCAAUAUCAGUCGAUUUUAAUCUGUCAUGUGAUGAGCAAGGAUGUAUAAUAUUUGACAUUAUCUUUUGCUUCUUUGGAAAAUCACACAUAAGAAAAUUUUUUCUCUCUUAUUGAAGCACUUGAUUGAUAGACUCUAGAGCAUUACUGGUGUAUCCAGUCAACCAAAAAGUGCUGGUAAUUAGAUACUCCCAGUAAAAGGUUAAUGGCUGUGUACUGUACAGAACAUAGACAGCUCAAUAUCAUAUCAGCAUGAUGCCUGCAGCCCAAAACUGAUGUAAUCAGAAUCAUACUACAAAUCGAUAGUUGCAGAUUUUCCAUAA